CCUAGCAAGCGACCAAGAUCUGUCAUUGACCAAACAGAUCAGCCAGAGAGACUUAAAAAGCUGUGUUUACACUACAGCGUGCUAGAGCAGACUAGAUGACAGCUAAUCUGAGCUGAGCUACUCUCUGUGACGAAAGAAAUAAGGGAGAAUAAUCACAGAAUUAGCUAGUCGGUAAAAUAACUUCACACUAACGGCUUAUAAAAAGCGCAGUUUUAGGCGAAGCGAUGACAGCAAAAACUCUCGAGAAAACCCCUGUAACGCUAAGUGGUUUUGUGCAUCCUCUCUCCGAGAGCAUCUAUUCAGUGGACGAUAUCGCCACAUCACUGGCACCCUCUGUAAUCUUUCCAAAUGCUGAUUUAAGUGGGCAUUACGAUCAUGUUAGUGGAGCCUCAGGAGAUGGUUUAAUCAGUGGGGACAUGAGCACAGAGAAACGAUCCCUCGAUUUGUCUUACACCAGCAGCUUCUCGCAGUCCUCAGCUGCUCGCAACCAGCCAUUCACCUACAUGGGAAAGUUCUCAAUUGAUUCCCAGUAUCCAGGUAACUGGAAUCCAGAGAGCGUCAUUAACAUUGGGAUCCUUGGCAUGACCCAACCUUCCUCGGCGUCCUCUUCACCAGCUUCUUCUGUCUCACCAAACCACUUCUCCAGCACCUUGAGUUGCACCAUGGCGCAAAACCCUCCCGACAUGGACUCCAUCUAUUCUCCACCUCCGCCUUAUUCUGGCUGCGCGGAGGUCUACCAGGAUCCGUCUGCUUUUCUGUCAACCACCACUUGCCCCAUCUCAUACCCUCCGCCGUCUUACUCGUCGCCGAAGCCAAACACGGACAGCGGUCUAUUUCCUAUUAUCCCCGACUAUGCCAGUUUUUUCCAACCCCCUUGCCAACGGGACAUGCCUACCAUCCCGGACCGAAAACCUUUUUCAUGCCCGCUGGAGUCCUUUAGAGUACCACCGCCUCUGACUCCUCUGAACACUAUUAGGAAUUUUACAUUAGGUGGACCAGCUUCAGAAGGACCAAGACUACCUACAGCUUACAGCCCCCAAAAUUUACCUCUAAGACCAAUACUCCGACCGCGGAAAUACCCCAACAGACCGAGCAAGACCCCAGUUCAUGAACGACCGUAUCCUUGCCCAGCAGAAGGUUGUGACAGGCGAUUCUCUAGGUCUGACGAGCUCACGAGGCACAUCAGAAUCCAUACGGGACACAAACCUUUCCAGUGCCGGAUCUGCAUGAGAAACUUCAGCCGCAGCGACCAUCUCACCACUCACAUCCGUACUCACACCGGCGAGAAACCCUUUGCCUGUGACUUCUGCGGCAGAAAAUUCGCCAGGAGCGACGAGCGGAAGAGACACACCAAAAUUCACCUGAGGCAAAAAGAAAGAAAGUCUUCGUCGGUCCCCUCGGCAAACACGAACUCCGAUCGCUCCGUUGCUAUUAGUACCUCCGCUGGUGGAGUUUGCAGCUCGGGCUCUGCCCAGUUACCUUCAUGUCCAUCCCGGGGAGUUUAGGUGUGACGCUUUGUAUAUUACAAUCCCGAUGAGAACAAAAUCAGGGCGAUGGUACAAGAAGGAAAAAACAAUAGAAAUAUCACUGCCCGCGUGCAGCAAAUAGCAGUGACCAAGUCCACAUUAUUAUUUUUUUUUUACCGUGUUUACCGUCAGUUGGCACCUGCACAUCUUACUUCCAGAUUGCUGUUUGUCAGUUUAAUAUCAUUCAUACGUAGAUCGAAACAAAUUAUUUUAAUGAAACCGAAAAAACACGGCCAAGUGAAUUUGUUUUCUGGGUGACAAAUGAUAAUAUAGUAUAAGAGACUGUUGGCAUCUUUGCUGUUGUUUCUAAUGGUAAAACAAUUUGCACUGUUAGGAACUAGUCUGAUCAGCACAAAUAAUAUGUGAGUCAAAAAUGGUACGACAUUAACAGUAGUAAACUCGCAAUAAUUCCAAAUGUUUAUUUAAAGUUAUUUAAAGGGUAAAAUGUGUCGGUGUUAACAAACUUGUUGUUUCUUCCUUGUUUUGCCAGUUGUCAUGUUUUGUAUGUAUUUCAUAGCGCGUUUGUAAUUGAAAUGUAUAAUAAUAUUCAUCAAUUAAUAUCAAAAUUUUAGAAUGAUAUAUUUUUGUAAACGCUGUUUCGUGUUCUUGGGGAAUGUGUUGGAUUUGUAGUAUAAACAUUAAAAAUGUAAAUACUUUA